AUGUUUCUUACAAGAUCGGAAUAUGAUCGUGGUGUAAAUACAUUUUCGCCUGAAGGACGUUUAUUUCAAGUAGAAUAUGCAAUUGAAGCUAUUAAAUUGGGAUCAACAGCCGUAGGUAUCCAAACAUCUCAAGGAGUAGUAUUAGCAGUUGAAAAACGAGUUACUUCGCCAUUAUUGGUAUCAAGUAGUAUUGAGAAAAUCAUGGAAAUUGAUAGACAUUUGGGUUGUGCCAUGAGUGGCUUAACAGCUGAUUCUAGAACAAUGAUUGAUCAUGCUAGAAGUCAUACUUUUACUUAUGCUGAAAAGAUCAAAGUGGAAUCGGUCACUCAGGCAGUAUGCGAUUUAGCACUGAGAUUUGGUGAAAGUGCUCACGGAGAAGAUUCAAUAAUGAGUCGACCAUUUGGUGUUGCAUUAUUAAUUGCAGGAAUUGAUGAGAAAGGUCCUCAAUUAUAUCAUGCAGAUCCUUCUGGAACUUUUAUGCAAUAUGAUGCUAAAGCAAUUGGAUCUGGAUCAGAAGGUGCACAAACUGAAUUACAAGAAGAAUAUCACAAGUCGUUGACAUUGGAAGAAGCUGAAACAUUAUCACUUAAAGUGUUGAAACAAGUGAUGGAGGAAAAAUUAAAUAAUACAAAUGUAGAACUUGCAUCUGUAACACCAGAACAUGGGUUUAGGAUUUAUAGUGAAGCAGAAUUACAAAUAGUAAUUGAGAGAUUAUAG